CAACUACCGCCUCCUGUGGCUCGGAGCGUCGCCACGUCGGCUCCGCCGGGCUGGAGCAGGCUCGGGCGGAGCCGGCAGAGUCGGCGGGACUCGGGGCGGGUUACAGCGGCUCUACCCCUCCUGACGCAGACAUGGCGGCUCAGAAGGACCAGCAGAAGGAUGCUGAGGCGGAAGGGCUGAGCGCCGCGACCCUGCUGCCCAAGCUGAUUCCCUCCGGCGUGGGCCGGGAGUGGCUGGAGCGACGCCGCGCGACCAUCCGGCCCUGGGGCACCUUCGUGGACCAGAAUCGGUUCUCACGUCCCCGCAACCUGGGUGAGCUGUGCCAGCGCCUGGUACGCAAUGUGGAGUAUUACCAGAGCAACUACGUGUUCGUGUUCCUGGGCCUCAUCGUGUACUGCGUGGUCACGUCCCCCAUGCUGCUGGUUGCCCUGGCCGUCUUCUUUGGCGCCUGCUACAUCCUCUACCUGCGCACACUGCAGUCCAAGCUUGUACUCUUUGGCCGAGAGGUGAGCCCAGCCCAUCAGUACGCUCUGGCCGGAGGCGUCUCCUUCCCCUUCUUCUGGCUGGCUGGUGCGGGCUCCGCGGUCUUCUGGGUCCUGGGAGCCACCCUGGUGCUCAUCGGCUCCCACGCCGCCUUCCAUCAUAUCGAGCCUGCAGAGGGGGAGGAGCUGCAGAUGGAACCCGUGUGAGGCGUCUUUCAAGGCCUACGUCCCUCCGGGGGGGGGAGGGUGCUACCCCUGGCCACCCGUCCUGCAUGCCCCGUGCCCCAGCCACAGGUGCCCCCCACACCGCUAGCCCAGGGGGGGUCCGCCUGUGGAAAUAAAGUUGUUACUGUUGUCGUUCA